AGACGCCGCCGCCCCGGAUCUUUCAGUGCUGCUCAGCCAUGGUUAACCCCACCGUCUUCUUCGACAUCGCCGUCGAUGGCGAGCCCUUGGGCCGCGUCUCCUUCGAGGUAAGGGACCUGGAAACCAAGAAGUGACUGCUCAUCCAAUCCAUAAAGCUAUGUUAACAGAUUGGAGCUGUUUGCUGACAAAGUUCCAAAGACAGCAGAAAACUUUCGUGCUCUGAGCACUGGGGAGAAAGGAUUUGGUUAUAAAGGUUCCUGCUUUCACAGAAUAAUUCCAGGAUUUAUGUGCCAGGGUGGUGACUUCACACGCCAUAAUGGCACUGGUGGCAAGUCCAUCUAUGGAGAGAAAUUUGAUGAUGAGAAUUUUAUCCUGAAGCAUACGGGUCCUGGCAUCUUGUCCAUGGCAAAUGCUGGCCCCAACACAAACGGUUCCCAGUUUUUCAUUUGCACUGCCAAGACUGAGUGGUUGGAUGGCAAACAUGUGGUCUUUGGCAAAGUGAAAGAGGGCAUGAAUAUUGUGGAAGCCAUGGAGCGCUUUGGGUCCAGGAAUGGCAAGACCAGCAAGAAGAUCACCAUUGCUGACUGUGGACAAAUCUAAUAAAUUUGACUUGUUUUAUCUUAACCAUCAGACCAUUCCUUCUGUAGCUCAGGAGAGCACCCCUUUACCCCCACCUGCUUGAAAUAGCCCAUAAUCUUUGUGCUCUCACUGCAGUUCCUUGGGUUCCAUUUCCUCAUCCCCCUCCAAGUUUAGCUGGAUUGCAAAGUUAAGUUUAUGAUUAUGAAAUAAAAACUAAACAACAA